AGCUCCUCUCGCAAGAGUUAUAAAAUAGAGUUUGAGAAGGAAGUUUGUGAUUGUUUUUGUUUGUGUGUGAGAGAGAGAGAUAUGAACGACGCAGAUGUGUCAAAGCAGAUACAACAGAUGGUCCGGUUCAUCCGGCAAGAGGCGGAAGAGAAAGCUAACGAGAUCUCAAUCUCCGCUGAGGAGGAAUUCAACAUAGAGAGACUUCAGCUUCUCGAGACUGCCAAGCGUAAGCUCCGUCAAGAUUAUGAUCGCAAGCUCAAGCAGGUCGAUAUCCGCAAGCGCAUCGACUACUCGACGCAGCUGAAUGCUAGUAGGAUUAAGUACCUUCAAGCACAAGAUGACGUUGUCACCUCCAUGAAAGACUCUGCGGCUAAGGACCUUCUUCGUGUCUCCAACGACAAGAACGCGUACAAAAAGCUUCUCAAGGCUCUCAUCGUUGAGAGUUUGCUGCGGCUGAAAGAGCCAUCAGUGCUGCUGAGAUGCAGAGAGAUGGACAAGAAGGUUGUUGAGUCAAUCAUCGAGGAUGCUAAGAAACAGUAUGCAGAUAAAGCGAAAGUCGCGUCUCCUAAGAUAACCAUCGACGAGAAAGUGUUCCUCCCUCCACCUCCUAAUCCUAAGCAACCUGAUUCACAUGACCCUCACUGCUCGGGCGGGGUGGUGCUGGCAUCUCAAGAUGGAAAGAUUGUCUGCGAGAAUACUUUAGACGCACGCCUAGACGUCGCCUUCAGACAGAAGCUUCCCCAGAUCCGAACACGCCUCGUUGGAGCUCCUGAAACCUCAAGAGCAUGAUCUCGCCAACCUAAGCCCACUCUCUUGCUUAAGCCCAUAAUAAGCGACAUGAUCAUCACUUGUCUCUCAUCCUUUUCUUCAUGACAAAGAGAAUAAACUUCUUCUAAUAAUAACAUUUUAAUGUCAAUUUUUGUUCUAUAAUAUUAUUUGAUAAAUCACAUUCCAAGUUCUGAUCA